AGUUACUGACAAACUAACAUACAAGUGAAGCUAAUAUAAUAAAAUAAAGCGUGUAAUAAUACUUGACCAGUAAAGUAAACUCCCACGGUAGUAAUGUUGAUACAAUAAAUGUAUAAAUGCGUUUUUUUCCACCCCUCUCAUUCUUGCGGCUGAUUCAUUGACUCCGGCAAACUCACACACAACACACAAGCAUCACCAUCACCAGUUCAGCAAACGCAGAGUUUAGUUCCAGCGAGUGUGCGCGUCUCCGUCAAUAGCCGCAGUAUCUUCUAUCAAACUGUGCGACACGGAUGCUCUGGAGCACCUUUCAAGACUAGAUUCUCAAUUGAGACACUACUUCGAUCACUACAGCUGUUUGUUAACAACAUAUGCUACUUUCAUUGAUUAUCAGUCGCUAUUAUUAUCACUACUGUUAUUGAUUUUUUUUAUUUAUAUUUCAAAUUAUAAGUGGUCAGUUUUUUGAGACUCUUUUUAUUUUAAUUGUGCAUUUUUUGUGUUUGGAUUUUUUUUUCCUGGGAGAGAUUUGUGUCAAGACAACGUGCGAUUGAUUGUGUCGAGAGUGCAUGCUCACUUGCAUUAACAGUGGUUCUCAAGAGUGUUUUAUAAAUUAUUAAGUACUUUAUUUAAAAGUUUUCAAGCAAUUGACUAGACAACACUGCUUAUAGUUAUCAGCUGAUAAGUUUGAAUAAUGGAGAGCCUGGUGUUAAAUGGAGCUAGCAAGACCAAUGGAGAUGUGGUGUAUGAGUUAGAGAAUGAAGUUGACACUGACAGCACUCAUAUUGGCAACAACGGCGAUCAGCGAGAAAAAAGCGAGAGUCCAGUUUUUGACGCAGCGGGUGGUGGAGGAAAUUUGAGGAUGCCUUCGGAGCUUCCCAAUGAAAUAUCAGCGCCGUAUGAAGUUCCGCAGUUUCCGAUCGAGCAGAUCGAGAAGAAACUAUUGAUCCAGAGACAACUUACUGUCAAAGCGGCAAAAGACCUCGAGGAGCGUCGUAGCCACUAUGAACCUUCACUGGGACCUGCAGCUGACGACAAUGACUACCCCUUUACCCUCGAAGAAAAUGACUUCGUUCCUCACUUCCAGCGCGUCUCCAUUUCCGGGGAAGACACAUCUGGAGUGCCGUUGGAGGACCUGCAAAGAGCUUCGCAGAUGCUAGUGCAAGCAUUGUACAUCCGAGAGAAGUACAUGAUAAAUUCAAACCAGACAUUUCCGUCCAUCACCUCCCGGUUCCUGAGGAACGUCGACAAGAAGCCUUUAAACAGCGCGGAGUUGUUCCAGCACGAGGACCGAAUGGCGAUAGCAGACCACCCUGUGCAUGCACCUGCCUCAAGAGGCGACCCCUGGGACUGCGAGUUUCCGCCUGCCAAGAAUUACAAGAUCAACCCCGUCAACGGAGUGUUCAACGUCUACGCUAACGAGGAGGAUCUUGCUAAUGGGAAGCCUCUGCCUUACGCUUACCCGGAUCUCGGGACCUUUGUACGUGACAUGAAUUUACUCUGCUCUAUGAUUGCCGAUGGCCCGCUUAAAUCAUUUUGCUACAGGCGAUUGAGUUAUUUGUCUUCGAAAUUUCAAUUACAUGUUCUGCUUAAUGAGUUACGGGAACUUGCUAGUCAGAAAGCUGUUCCUCAUAGAGAUUUUUAUAAUAUCAGAAAGGUGGAUACACAUAUCCACGCAGCGUCAUGUAUGAAUCAAAAACAUUUAUUACGAUUCAUAAAAAAGACACUUAAAAAUCAUGCUGAUGAAGUAGUAACAUGCUCGAAGAGCGGGGAAAUGAUGACUCUUGCCCAAGUAUUUGAGUCAAUGAAUCUCACAACUUACGAUCUUAGCGUAGAUAUGCUCGACGUUCACGCAGACAGAAAUACCUUCCACCGUUUCGACAAAUUCAACGCCAAGUACAACCCGAUCGGUGAAAGUCGUCUGCGCGAAGUGUUUCUUAAAACCGACAAUUACCUCGACGGUAAAUACUUUGCGCGGAUCAUCAAAGAAGUCGCCAGCGACCUUGAGGAGUCAAAGUAUCAGAAUGCUGAACUGAGGCUGUCUAUUUACGGUAAAAGCGCUGAUGAAUGGGACAAGCUUGCUAAUUGGGCGAUCAAAGGUGACGUCUAUUCAGACAACGUUCGCUGGCUUAUUCAGAUUCCGCGGCUCUACGAUAUAUUCAAGCUAAACAAGUUGAUGAGUAAUUUCCAAGAAAUUAUCAACAACAUCUUCUUGCCGCUGUUCGAAGUCACUAACGACCCUUCGUCUCAUCCUGACCUUCACAAGUUCCUGCAGUAUGUAAUUGGAUUCGACUCUGUUGACGAUGAGAGCAAACCUGAGAAUCCGCUUUUUGAUAAAGACGUAUCGCCUCCUGAGGAAUGGAAUGACAUUGAGAAUCCUCCCUAUGGGUACUAUCAGUACUAUACUUUUGCUAACAUGACGGUCCUUAAUCAUUUUCGAGCUGACCGAGGCCUGAACACUUUUGUCCUGCGACCUCACUGCGGUGAAGCCGGUCCAAUCCAACAUCUGGUCUGCGGAUUCAUGAUGGCAGAGAAUAUAUCACACGGUCUCUUGCUCCGCAAAGUCCCAGUGCUCCAAUAUCUGUAUUACCUGGCUCAGAUUGGGAUCGCAAUGUCACCUCUGAGCAAUAAUUCUCUAUUCUUAAACUACCACCGUAACCCUUUGCCGGAAUACCUCGCACGGGGCCUCUGCGUCAGCCUCUCCACAGACGAUCCUCUGCAAUUUCACUUCACAAAGGAACCUCUCAUGGAGGAGUACAGUAUUGCUGCACAGGUCUGGAAACUCAGUUCUUGCGACAUGUGUGAGCUUGCAAGGAACUCUGUUAUAAUGAGCGGUUUUCCUCACAAGAGCAAGCAGUACUGGCUAGGACCAAACUACACGAAGGAAGGAGUAGCUGGGAACGACAUCACGAGGACAAAUGUCCCCGAUAUCCGGGUGGCGUAUCGGUACGAGACUCUCGUCGAUGAACUUUCCAAUAUCUUUAAAGUUGUUGAAAAGCCCGACAGUUUUUAGUUCGCCUCAGUAAAUUCUCUCCCCCAACUCCCGUAGGGAAGUUUUCUUUUGGGAAUAAACUUUAGCUUUAAAGUCCCCAGGAAAUUGAAUCAUCAUUCACGUCAAACUUUAAUGUCCGAUUGUCAAUAUUCAAUUUUUAUUUCUUAAACAUAAAUAUUAAAAGCAACUAACGAACCGAUGGCCUUUUAUCUAAACAAGAAUAAAAAAUA